CGUGGGCACGCGUCUUGCUCUCGGCCGUGACGUUCGCUGCAGCUCGACGAUGAAUGUCGACGAUGUGUUCAAGGGCGCCGGGCUAACCGGUGGGAAAUACUCAACGGGAGGCAACAAGCGCAAGAUGCCCGACAACCCAAACCCCGAGUUCUUCAAAAAGAUGAAGACGGACGCGCCCCCCGCGCCGACCCCACCCACAAACGGCAGCGCCAAGGGGAAAGGACGCGCACCACCCAUAGAGGUGAUCGACGAAGACGCCGAGAUGAACGGGGAGGAUGCUGGAGACUUCGCACCCGGCGGCGACGCGGACUACUUCGCAGAGGAGGAUGACGAGGGGAGGUUCUUCGGUGGCGGCCUGACGAGCGAGCAGAAGGAGAUCCUGAACAUCUUCGACAAUGCUGGCGAGCAGGAUGAUGGUGCAAGCGCGCUCGCGCUUCCGGGCAUCCGACGCACGCUGCUCCGCUUCGAGCGAGCGGCGGCACGCAACCAGGACCACCGGAGUAAGUGGCCGGACGACCCGACCAAGUUCAUUGACUCGGAAGCGGACCUCGACGCAGCGCUCAAGGCCUUGUUGCCGCUUGCGCAGGCGCCUGCGCUCGCAUACCCGGAGCUUGUGAGGUCGGGUGCGCUGGAGAAGCUCAUUGGCUUGCUCAGCCACGAGAAUGUGGAUAUUGCAAUCGACGUGAUCGAAGUUCUGCACGAACUUACGGACGAAGACGUUGGUGAGGCCGUCGAUGAUGACGAGGAGGAAGAGGACGACGAAGAGGGCGGCACAAGGAGCGAACGCGCGUUGAAGGAGCUCAUCAAUGCACUGGUCCUUCAAUCCGUCCUUGAACUCCUCGUCGACAACAUGAAGCGCCUCAACGAAGCCGAAGAGUCCGACAGGCAGGGCGUCUACCACACCCUCGGUGUCUUUGAGAACGUUCUCUCAUCCGACCCUUCCCUCGCGCAGCCUCUUGUCGCCAAGACCGCUAUCCUCCCAUGGAUCCUGGACCGAAUACAGGCGAAGGCGCACGAUGACAACCGGUCAUACGCUGCAGAGAUGCUGAGCAUCCUAUUGCAGACGAACAGGGAGAACCGGGUGGCGUUUGGUGAGAAGGAUGGGAUUGAGGCGGUGCUCAAGACGUUGGCACAAUACAGGCGACGCGACCCAGCAGACGCAGACGAGGUUGAGUUCAUGGAGAACCUGUUUGACGCCUUAUGUUCCGCGCUCAAUGAGCCUGAAGUCAAGAAGCUCUUCAUGGAUGCAGAGGGUGUAGAACUGAUGAACUUAAUGGUGAAGGACAAGAAGCAGUCACAUACCUUGGCCAUCAAGACACUCGACUUUUCACUCUCAGGACCAGCAGGCGCACCAGCGUGCACGACGCUGAUCGAGGACGGCGGCCUGAAGGGCUUAUUCUCCGCCUUCAUGGGCAAGACAAAAAAGAAACACACCGCCGCUGAAGCCCCCCUCCCCCAAGACACAGCUCACGUCCUCGGCAUCCUCGCCUCCCUCUUCACCCACAUCCCCUCCGAAACCCCCGCGCGCAUCCGCCUCCUCGCCAAGUUCGUUGAGGGCGAGUACGAGAAGGCCGAUAGGCUUUUGGAUAUCCGAGACGGCGCGCGCGCGCGGCUAAGGGCAACGGAGAAGGAGAUCGACGCGGAGAAGGUGGAGCUGGAGGCGAGUGGGGAGACGCCGGGGAAGGAGGAGGAGGAUUUGUGGUAUUUGAGGCGGUUGGACGGUGGGUUGUUCACGCUGCAGACGGUGGAUUAUAUUUUGGCGUGGGUGGUGAUGGAGGAUGAUGGGAUCCGAGACCAUGUUGAGCGCAUGUUGUCUCGUAAGAGCCAGUCGCUGCGCAAUGUCGUCGAGACGCUGCGGGUUUACCACGACAAUAUCGACGAAGAGGACUCAGCAGCGAAGGGUGAAGGCGAAGGUGGCCUUUCGCAGCGGGAGAUCCUGGAGGGCCUCAUUGGAGCGCUGACGCCGGAGGAGGAUCAGGUGAAGGAGGGGUGGAAUGUUGGGAGGUAGCGAUGGAAGGGAGAUCGCCACAAAGCUCUUCAUGGUUGUCGGAGGGUAUGGUGCAUCACGGACAGCGAAUGUAUACAAACAUCGGCGUGCUACAGUAUAUACAAAAUGUGGCGCGUAGCCUACUUUUCCGCGGUCUACGUACUGCUACGACUCGCGAUAUUGCAGCGCGAGGAGCCAUGCCAGGAAUAUUAUAAGUCAUGGACGAUAUCCUUGCUCAUCAGGCCGUCUUCCCCAACGCCGCAC